AUGAAUGGCGAUUUUGGUGUAGAAGUUUUUACGAAAAGAGCGACUGAGAGGYGAGAACGAGUGAAGUUUUUACCGACGAUGGAUCGACACUGUAAUGACGGUCUCCCGACGGCUUCAGCAUCGCCAUCAGCAGCAGUGACUGACGGAGGUGAACGUCAUUUGCAUACAUAUACGUCUUUUGUCAUGAUGGCACUUUAUCGUAUUCGUUCAUAUUAUUAUACACCUCAAAUAGUCACAAUGAUGGAACCCAUAACAACAAUCAUUGGAGGUCCUGACAUGUUCAUCAAUAAGGGUAGUACUAUGAACUUAACGUGUAUUAUAAAACAUAGUCCAGAACCACCACCAUUGAUUUACUGGACACACGACUCAAAAGAAAUAAAUUACGACUCGGCUAGAGGCGGGGUGAGUGUGAUCACGGAAAAAGGCGAAGUAACCACCAGCUAUUUGCUCGUACAAAGGGCGACCAGCACGGAUUCGGGAAAAUACACGUGUCACCCAAGCAACGCAAAUCCUCACACCGUCGUUGUACAUGUUCUUAAUGGAGAGCAUCCGGCGGCUAUGCAAAAAGGUUCAAAGCUCAGUUUGAAGUCUUCACUAUCAUUCCUCAGCGUCGGCUUGGUGUUAUUUAUUAGCACGUGAUUUACAUAUUGUAUUAUAAUAUUAUAAAUAAACUAUAAAUUGUAAAAUACUAAAAACUUUUUAAUUGUACAAAUGUAUUUGUAUUGCUACAUAAUAAUAUCUAAUCUACUCAUAUUAUAUUUUCAGCUAUGCAAUAACUGUAUCCUCAAACCAGUAUUUAUAUUAUAAAUCUCUAUAAUAUUUAACAGUUCUUUUUAAAAUAUACCAAAAGCUAUAGGCAUAAUGUGUUGUCCCCAAUACUUAUUUUUAACAAUAUUCAAAAAUGUAAAACUAAAUGUUGUACUAUUUAUUCUAUGCUAUCCAGAAAUCACUUUAAAGAUAAAAAUAAUUGUACACUUCAAACAAUAUUUUGUCUUCCAACAGUUAUAGUUAUUUUAAC